AUGUCUCAAUAUGCCGUGGAGACGUCUAAAGUCCCCUCCCCGGGGCGCCCGCGCCACCAAAUCACUCGCUCCAUCUCCGAGAUAUCGUCGCCAAUCCGUCUCCAUCGUCACCACUCGCAUCGCGUCAUCCGAGAAAGGGAGCGCGACGCUCUCAGCCCCAUAACACAGUCCGCGACGUCACUCCAACGGCCGUCACCGCAACCUUACGAGGUCUCUUCCAAAUCUGCAGGAGGCACCCCGAACAUUAGCCCAAACCCAAGUCGACGACCCAGUCUUCUGUACGCCUCAGCCGACGACGAAGGGAUGCCCGCCAGUCAUGGACCAACGCUUGUGUCGACGUCUGCGCCUGCCUCGAUAACGAAGUCCUCGGCCGAGGUUGACUUGGUGAAGGAGCAGCAAAAGGCAGCUGUAAGAAACAGUGGACUCCAACGAUCACUUAACGAACUAGAAACCUUUGCGAGUACGACUACUAGGCGCCUCGACGAGACGUACUAUUCGGUGGAGGAGAAGCUGGGGACGCUUCAAAGCACGAUUGCGGCCCUCAAGGGGCUCGCGGAGCUCUCCAACCAGCUCAACAACAGCUUCAGCGCUGAGGCCGAAGAACUCGUGGCGGAUGUCACCUCGCAACUGGAUGCGCUCAGUAACUUUGAGGACCAGCAGCAGCGUAUCGAGUCGUUACAGAAUCGCAUCAGCACAGGCCGGGAGAGCAUCAAGUCGCUGAGCGAGCGCGUUGAUGUAGUCCGAGCACGUAUCGAGGGCUGGGAGCGCGCAGACAGGGAGUGGCGGGAGGCUGUUAGGAAACGGCUCACGGCUCUGUGGGUGGUUGUUGUCACGGUUGGCCUGGUGUUGAUUUUGCUCAUGAUCAGUGCCCAAUAUGUCCGAGAGAAGCCUGGGGAUGGGGAGGUGAAGCAGCUGGCGGCCACGGCGGCGAACCAGUGGGGUUCGGAGGGUGUUUCUACAGCUGCUCAAAAGGAUAAGAUUGGUUUGAAUUGGACGGAAACUUCUGAGCUCUCAUCUCGCGCAACCGAGAUGCUGCGAGCUUUUGAUGAGCUGUAG